ACACAUUCUCUAUGAUGAUCUUGGCCUAUAUUUGCCAAUUCACAUAUGCAAAGUCCACUGAGCAGUCAAAACCCACAGCAGCCUACCGAAGAUCCAGCAGCUCUAGAAACAGGGAGCGAGAUUAUCGCCACCCAGCUAAGGAAAAUGGCUCUGGUGCCGCAACCCUCGAACGAAGAACCUCUCUUCGCUGAAGUGGAAAUGGCUGGUGAUUCCUCCACCGUCCGCGCUACCGUGGUCCAGGCAUCCACCGUCUUUUAUGACACCCCCGCCACUCUUGAUAAGGCUGAGAGGCUGCUAGCUGAAGCAGCUUCAUAUGGUGCACAGCUGGUUGUGUUUCCGGAAGCGUUUAUAGGUGGUUAUCCACGUGGGUCAACCUUUGGUGUCUGCAUAGGCAAUCGUUCAGCGAAGGGCAAGGAGGAAUUCCGGAAAUAUCAUGCUGCUGCCAUUGAUGUGCCAGGUCCUGAAGUUGAUCGAUUGGCAGCAAUGGCUGGAAAAUAUAAGGUGUACUUAGUUAUGGGCGUUAUUGAGAGAGAUGGAUAUACACUUUAUUGUACAGUUCUGUUUUUUGAUUCUCAAGGUCGUUACCUUGGAAAACAUCGGAAAGUAAUGCCAACUGCAUUGGAACGCAUUAUUUGGGGUUUUGGAGAUGGAUCAACAAUUCCAGUUUUUGAGACCCCAAUAGGAAAAAUUGGUGCUGCAAUUUGCUGGGAGAACAGAAUGCCACUUCUGAGGACUGCAAUGUAUGCUAAAGGCAUAGAGAUAUACUGUGCCCCUACCGCUGAUUCCCGGGAUGUGUGGCAAGCAUCCAUGACUCACAUUGCCCUUGAGGGCGGGUGUUUUGUUUUAUCAGCCAACCAGUUCUGCAGAAGGAAAGAUUACCCGCCUCCUCCAGACUACAUCUUUUCUGGCACAGAGGAAGAGCUGACCCCGGAUUCCGUUGUUUGUGCUGGUGGCAGCGUCAUCAUUUCACCGUCUGGAACUGUGCUGGCGGGACCAAAUUACGAGGGGGAGGCACUCAUCUCCGCUGACUUAGAUCUCGGAGAAAUAGCAAGGGCGAAAUUCGACUUUGAUGUGGUUGGGCACUACUCAAGGCCAGAAGUUCUGAGCUUGGUCGUGAGGGAUCAUCCAUUGAAUCCGGUAACUUUUACGUCUGCAUCAAACAAAGCGGAAAGCUCAGCAAAGUGAGAUGGACUACUAGCAGAUCUAACAAGCGAACAUGCGCUAGAUCUCAAAGUCAACGACAUUCUCUACAUUGAUGACAUGUCUCCGGUUUCUGUGUUCAUGCACCAUGUACAUUAUUGAAGAGUGAAGACCAUCUAUUCUGCUGGCUCAUUCAUUGUGCUAAUACUUUGUUUAUCAAUAAUUCUGUGAAUAUUUAAUUUCAGGACCCCCUGCUUCAAUGAAACCUCCAGACUCCAGCCUGUUUAGUUCUUUUCAUUUCAAGGUUCAUCCUUUCUUGA